AUGGAGGAGGGGCUGAAGGGCCGAGCUGCCACCGCGGAGGCCAUUGCUGAGUACGGGCUUUCGGGCCUGGACAAUCCAGACAUGGUUGGCAACAUCUUCGGCCGUGCAGCCAGCAUUGCUUUGCCAACAGCCUCAUCCGCUGCUUCAUCUGCUUCCGAUGAUGCAGCAAAGAAGGUGCCCAAGAACUUUGACGCGGCAAGUGAGAGAUUGGCCUUGAAGGCCAGGAUGUCCCAGGCUGUGGACAAGGAAGCAAGUGCUCUCAUGAGUGCGUUGGAUGAGGCGGAAGGGAGCAUGGAUGAUGCCUUUCACGAAGCCCUGCUGUCCCCCAAUACGCCCAGCAGUGAGAUGGAGGCCAUGAAGCUUUUGCGAGGCCGCUAUGCUGUUGGAAAAGCAAUUCUUGGAGGUUUCGAGCCGGGCAAGGAUGCCAAUGACUCAGCCAUGGCCGCUGAAGAGGAUGUGUCAGCGUAUGAGGCAGCCAUCAAGGAGAACCCUGAGGCACAGAUGCCGGACGUGUUCAAAAGUGUGCAGCCGUUGCGGCAUGUUUGGGGUGUGCUGGAGAGAGAGCUCAAGGGCAUGUCCACACAUGCAGAGAAGAAGAACAUCGACAAUCAGUUCAAGCCGGUUCUGAAUAUGUUGGCAAUCAUGAAGACUUCUUUGAAGUCUGCAGCAGACAAGCUCAAGAAGUUUAGCAAAGACCGGCAAGCGCGAGAGGAAAAAAUGAAGCGGCAAGCAGAUCAGCAGGCCCUGAAGCAGCUCAAGGCCGACAGCAAAAAAAGAGAGGCCGAAGAAAAAAAGAUGAACAAAGCUGCAGAAAAACAAGGGCGAGUCGAGAACAUCUUCGGCAUUGAUUUUUGCAAGUUGGGUUGCCGAGCCAUGCUGCCGCGUGACCCAAGGGAUGAGAAAAUCACGGGCCUCGACUUCACGAAACCCUUCGCUUUGAAGUCCGAUUCCCCUGUGUGUAGCAAGCUGCAUAGUGUCCUUGGAGAUGCUCGCGUGGUCUCAUGCCUUGACAGCUUUUACAAUGGCUUUCCAGGGAGUGUGGCGGCGUUGAAGGGAUCCAAAAGAUUCACAACCCCGGUGAAGAAUUCCAUUGCGCUGCGCUCUUCCAUCUUGGACCAGCUGUCCAUCGCUGAUUUGCAUCCAGGUGAUGACGCUGAUGCUGCUACCACGGCUGCUCUCAACGGAGUUUAUGCGUGGGGAUAUGGCGAAGAUAUGCUCAACCAUGGCUUGGAUGUUUGCCAGCUUCCUAGCUUGCGCUUGCAAACUGCAGGCAACAGGUGGGUGGUCAUGUUUCCGAUUGACGGCCUUGUGUCCUACCUCCGCUCAUGCAACCAGGGGCAAGACGUCAGCUACGCGCAGGUCAUGGACUUUAUCCAGCAGGUUCAACCCAACCAGAUGGCCGCCUACUUGAAGAUGAAUCCAGAUGGAGUUUGUCAUGGCCUGUUGAUGAAAGGCAGCCUUGCCUACGUGCCUCCAGGAUGGGUGUUGGCGGAAAAG